AUGGAGGAAGUAGAAGAAACAAAUUAUCGGGCAGGGAAUGGGCUAACCAGAAGGGUUCAGGGGGUGGGCGAGGAGCUGGAGGGGGUCACGCUUCCAUCGCCAUUUGCAGCAGAAAUGACUGAAGCUGAAGCAGAUGCACUUGUGAACAACCACCAAGCCCUCUACCAGCAAGCUCUCAAGCACCGUGAGACGAUUGCUAGCAGCGUCGGCAAGACCAAGUGUGUUCACACCCUCUCUGGUGUGCCGGUUCCUCAGAAAAAAUCCCGCGCCGCUAAGUCCGGUGGGCAGAAAGGCAAGCGGAGGAGGAAGGCUGGAGCUACUACAGGCAGUCAAGCUGACUUACCUGCUCCCGCGUCGACCGAGGAGGAGCUUGUCACAGACGGGCUCCCGGACCUCCCUCUGCCAGCAAGUUCCCAGCAGCAGCAGCAGACCGCGGGCGGGGUGUCGGAGAUGUCUUCAGACGGCCCAAUUGUCAACCCGGCAAAUCUCACAAGGGACAACAAUGGCAACGUGAUUGUGAAGACAAGCCUCGAAAAGAAGGAGUUUGCAGUAAAGGCUCUCGACACUUUCACGUGGCUGAUAACAGACGCGCCAGUGGAGUGCAUGGAGUUCUUCCCAACAUUCGAAGUCUUCCAACCUCACCUCAUCACCAAGUACCAGCUGUGUGGAGUGAAUCGCGACGAGUAUUUCUACGCGACAGGCGGCAGAAUCGAGUUCGAGAAGCUGGUGAUGAAGGUCAUCAAAACGAAACGUUCAAACACCCACAAGAAGGUUCGUUUCUAUGCAUGGGGCGCGGGUGGGUUGGUGGAUGAGAGCAAGUGGCCGUUGCUGGCGGUGGAGCAGAUCAUUCCUUCUAAGAAGCGCACGGAAGAGAAGUGGCUGGAAGAAUUCAGGCACGAGCCACCCCCUGGCUUACUCUCGCCUGACUGCCAUUCAGAUGCAGGUGGUACCAGCAGCACUGGUGGCAGCAGUGCCAGCAAAAGCAGCAGCAGCAGCAGCAGCAGCAGCAGCGACAGUGACAGCAGGUUGAGCAACAGCGGCAGGGGCAAAGGCAGGCAUGCUGGUGGCAAGGAUAGUGCUGCUGGUGCUGUGGUGGGGAACGUCAAUGGUGACAGGAGGUCGCAUCUUCCUGGGUGCAUACUGCAGAGCGACAGCCGGCAGGCGAGGGACUAUGUGGAGGCGGCAGGCUACGACUACUUUGAGAGGAACGGCCGCUCCCUGCCCUUUUGGAUGGCCUCCAAGGCUAUCAACCAGCUGUAUGCCAACCGUCAUGGCUACCGCUAUGUGAAUCAGGACACACGGGAAUACAACGAGACUCGCCACCCAUCGUGGCUCAAGCUGCUGUUCAUUCGGGAUCAGCUGCGCUGCUGCUGUGCCUGGGCCUUCUAUCUCGACUCAGACGCCUAUUUCCGAAUGGACAACCACCGCCUUCCAAUUGAAGCCUGGCUCGCAGGACUGCCUUUCACGGGAGCAUUCAACUGGAUAAGGGAUCGCUACGGCAUGGAGCUCACCAAUCAGACGUGGAUGCCGCAGUUCCCCAUUGGCCUGCUGGAUCCUCCUCCUGCUGACGUGGCAGCCUGCAGCCAAUCACCCGCUGCCCCAUGUGCAGAGGAACCCUCGGAGGAGCUGAUUGGUCUGUUCGCCCGGAAUUCAGGGGAGGAGAAUGGCGCCUCGGCUGCUCUGUUCAAUGCCUCCUUAGAGUCAAUCAAUGCGGGGGUUAUGCUGCUGAGACGCUCGCCCCUUACCUUCAAGUUUUUGGACACUUGGUAUAACGAGGAACCUUCUAACCGCCAUUUACAGGAAGCCACGUGGGAGCAAAACCGCCUCAACCGCAUUGCACCACUCUUUGCAAAGCACCUGGUGGUCGUGCCGUACCUGGAGCUCACUGGUCCGGAGGGUCGUCAGGUUCGGCAUGUGUGGUCGAUGGUGGGUCGGCAUAGGGACGAGGCACUGAGGGUUGCGUUGUUAGGAGCUUUAUUGGCAAAUGAGUUGGCGACUAAAGAGGACGAUUGGACACCAAGAGGGGUGGUUGAGAAGUGGGCGCAUGAUGAAAUGGAUGCUAGGCAAUAG